UCUAACCAAGAGCAAAAUGUAGAACACACCUGAAGAUUAUUCACAUCUAGUUCUGUGAGUAUAACUUAUAGUACUGUAUUAUGUGAAAUUAUGUUUCAGCUGCUUUCAUUUUCCUUCACGUAGAUGCUGCAAACUUCAAAUCAGAUCACCAAUUUCUCAGGAGAAGAAUAAGAGUUUUACUGAAUUCUUAGUCUCUGAUUUGUUGUGUGGAAUGGAAAACAGCACUGUUUCCUUUUACUUUAACCUCACCAUGUUUGUGAACAUUGGACACUACCGCUAUCCAGUCUUUGUUUUUUGCCUCCUGCUGUACAGCUUUAUUCUCUCUGCUAAUCUUGUCAUAAUAGUGGUGAUAUCUCGAGAAAGAACACUACACGAACCCAUGUAUGCGUUUAUUGCCUUGUUAUCUGUCAACUCUCUGUAUGGAUCGACUGGUUUCUUCCCCAGAUUCCUCAUGGACCUUCUCUCUGAUACUCAUUUGAUCUCACGUCAUGCUUGUUUCACCCAGAUCUAUGUUAUUUACACAUAUGCCUCCUAUGAAAUGACGAUUCUUGGCAUUAUUGCAUAUGAUCGGUAUGUUGCGAUUUGUCACCCUUUACACUAUCACAGAAAGAUGAACAAUAAAACGGUUAGAAAGUUGGCAGCAUUGGCUUGGAUUUGCCCAGCUUUUGGUAUUAUGGCAUUGAUUUCUUUGUCCGUCUGGCUUCCUUUAUGUGGUAAUGAGAUACAAAAAAUAUUUUGUGCCAACUGGAACGUUGUAAAAUUGUCAUGUGUUAACACUCUUGUGAACAAUAUAUAUGGUUUGCUUUUGACCAUUUGUACAGUUUUCUUUCCCCUUUGUUAUGUCCUGUACACCUAUCUGCGAAUUUUAAUGGUUUGCUGGAAAAGCUCGGCUGAAUUCAAAGGGAAAGUAUUUCAGAGCUGUUUGCCUCAUGUUGUUACAUUUGUGAUUUAUUCUAUCACAGGAUUUUGUGAUAUUGCCCUGAGCAGGUAUAACAUUGAAGAGAUAAAUCCAUUUGUGGCUGUUAUUCUGUCACUAGAGUUUGUUGUUAUUCCUCCAGUUCUCAAUCCUCUUGUGUAUGGGCUGAAGUUACCAGAAAUCAGAAGACACAUUUUAAGGUUAUUAACAUGGUAUAAAAUAAUAAAGUGAUAAUAAAGUGUUAAAGCUAAAAGCUCAUGGAAAAUAAUCUGUGACAAUGUUACCACCAUUCGCUUAAUGUUCUCACAAUAUUUAAUGAAAUUAAGUCUCAAAAUGCAGUCUGCAGUAUGUUUGGUGGACAGAAAUUACUGCAUGUUAUAUCACCAUGGAUCGGAUAAAAUGACAAUAUGAUAAACUGAAUACGAUGAAAUGUUACCAAUCCUCCAACAUUUGUGGUUACAGUUGGGCAACAAAAACAAGAAUGAUAAAAUGAUAUGAAUGAUGAAGUCCUCGUUAAAGCUCCUUUCCCCUGAGCUGAGACGAGACCUUUGGAAUCAGUACCGCCACAACUAUCAAUGACAGAUUUGACAGAUAUUUAUUGCUUUCCACACAUGUAACAUUUUUUCCAUUUUAUUUUAAGUGGCCUCAUUUUCAUCUCACAACAUUUCAGGAUUUCAGUUGUUUUGAUUUAAUUUUGAAAACAACACAAGACCUCAGUUUUGUCAUUUUCAUGUUAAUUUGUUUACUAACUGUACAUUGAUCAUCAUACUAUAUUAAAAAAUCUUUAUAUUAUGUCCUCUGUUUAAAUAAAAUGUAAUUCAGUUUUCAUAAAUUGGUUUACAAAUUCACGUCAUUUUUUUUAAUGGUGGAAAAGGGACAGUACACUGACAGUGGCAGAGACAUACAAUACAUAGAAAUCAGAGGGAAAGGUUUACAAGCAACAUGUAGGCUAUUGCAAUGUAAACAAUCAGAGGACACCACAAUCACCAUAUUAACAACAGCAACAACAACAACAAUAAUAAUAAUGGUAAACCAGUUAUUGUUGCUAGAAGUGGUUAGGGCACUCCUGUGCUCAGACAGAGGGAAGACUAAAGUUAAAUAAAUAAGAAGUUAAAUAAAAUAAAUAAAUAAAUAAAUGAGAGGUCAGCUCAGAAAUGUAACCUCCAAUACUACAGGAAUUAUGUUCCCUCAGUGUGACCAAUCACAUUAUUGACAGAGAAUCAUUGGUUAAGCUUAAGGUUGAUUUUUACCAUUUAAACUGAGAUUACACAUUAUGUAGAAAGUUGGACCUCAAGUGCACAGGCGGAUUAAUGCACAGGCUGGCCUAGGCUGCAGCCUAGGCGCCCCACGUGUGCAGGGGCCCCGGACUGACUAUUUUUAAUUAUUUUAAUUUACUACACCGGGAAAAAAAACUUGCCUUCUAUUGGGGCCCUUAGAAACAAAACAAAAAAAAUGAAGUCGCUGAUUGGAUAGAUAUGGGACACAUUUACCCAAUCAGCUGCCAUCAUGUGGCCGGGUUCAUAAGUUCAGUUUUGUUGUCAAAUGAUACGUCACUCAAUGUCAGUGGACAGUAUAGCGGCAAAAUGUCAGAAAGAAAAUGUGAUAGCGGAGCACGAAAAAGAGCGGCCAAGUCGACCAUGACAAUGCCUCACAAUCUCAGAGGGGCCGACACUUCAACUACCCGAAACACCGGUAUGUUGUCCCACUAACACCCCGGGAAUUAGCCACAAUGCCCCAGCCACCACAUCCACAGAUCCCUCUGUGACAGCCUCACCCGUUGCUACGGAGAGUGCACACAAGGCCGCCAAUCCCGCUACCUAAAGCUUGGAUCCUGCAUGCUGGGAUAAAAUUGAUGAAUACAUGAGGACAUACUGGGUUAAAAUGGGACCUGAAACUUGUCAGAACAAGGACGUCUCUGAUGUCCAUCGAAAGUGAUAUUCUGCGUAAACUGGAUUUUACCAGCCUCAUUAAAGACUUCUCUGUCAGAAAAACGAGGAAAGAAAACUUCUAAAAAAGGGACAAAUAUGAUUGUGCUGUUAUUGUGUGCUGUUACCGCUGCUGUGUUUAUUGUAUUUUUAUUUGUUGUUAUUGUACUGCACAGCGGUCCGAUUUGUGUUUCAGUCAGGACGUUGUAAUUAUUCCUCAGUAGCAGGCAUAUUCCGACGUUGGCCUGCCUGUUGGUUUAGAAAUCUAAAAGCAGUUUGCAGAUGCUCUGUGAAGGCCUUUUUCUGAGGCACUGUUGUUUAUAGUAAAGGCUGUGUCAACGUGUGUGUGUGUGUGUGUGUGUGUGUGUAAGUGCCACGUAAAAUUCCAAGCAGGUUUUUUUUUCUGAUAAAGCAUGAUUAAUAAUGUGGGGGGCCCAAACAAACAGUAGCCUGGGGGCCCAUGACCACCUUAAUCCGCCACUGCUCAUGUGGGAGCCCACUGUGGGGCCCGUUAACAGAUGUGAAAUACAGGGGUGGAAAGUAACGAGUUACAUUUACUCUCGUUACUGUAAUUGAGUAGUUUUUUUGUUCACUUGUACUUUUAGUCACUUUUUGUCAUUUUACUUUUAGUUAAGUACAUAUUGUUGGAAGUAAUUUACUUCACUACAUUUUAAAUUGCUUCUGUUACAAAGUAAAAAAUAAAAAUAAUUGAACUUGCA